UCCAACACUUUUUGUCUUGUAAACUCGGUUGCAAGUCUCCUUUUUCUCUGUGUUGUUUGAUCAUGUCGAGGGAUCCGCUAGUCAUCGGCAAUGUCGUCGGUGACAUCCUGGACCCAUUCGUCAAGUCCGCAAACUUGAAGGUGAUUUACAACAACAAGGAGCUGAUCAAUGGGUCCGAGCUCAAACCUUCGACGAUCGCCGACGAGCCCAGGGUCGAGAUCAGAGGACGUGACAUGAGGACGCUUUACACGCUUGUGAUGGUGGACCCUGAUGCACCAAGCCCCAGCACUCCAACCAAGAGAGAGUAUCUGCAUUGGUUGGUGACAGACAUCCCAGAAACAACAAAUGCCAGUUAUGGGAACGAGAUAGUCACCUAUGAGAGUCCCCGACCCAUCUCUGGAAUCCAUCGCUUUGUGUUUGUGCUGUUCCGGCAAUCCGUCCGGCAAACAAUCUAUGCACCGGGAUGGAGGCAAAACUUCAGCACAAGAGACUUUGCAGCAGUCUACAACCUCGGGGAUCCUGUUGCUGCCAUGUUCUUCAACAGCCAGAGGGAGAAUGGGUGCGGUGGAAGAAGGUGCUACCAACCUGUCAAUGGAUGGAUGUGAUGAUGAUGGUCUUCUUUGGACUGCAAAGAUUUCUCGGUAGGCAGAUCAGGAAGACCUACAGCGCAGCCAUGCAAAGAUGGAUGAGAUGCGUGCUUUAAUUUAAAAAGCUUUCCUAACUACUUUGUGUUCAUGUCUGUCUGUUCCA